ACUAUUUUGACAUAGUGAAGAAUCCCAUGGACUUGUCUACUAUCAAACGGAAGCUCGACACGGGCCAGUACCAAGAACCAUGGCAGUAUGUGGAUGACAUCUGGCUCAUGUUCAACAACGCCUGGCUGUACAAUCGCAAGACGUCACGCGUCUACAAGUACUGCUCCAAGCUGGCGGAGGUGUUUGAGCAGGAGAUCGACCUGGUCAUGCAGAGCCUUGGCUACUGUUGUGGGAGGAAGUUUGAGUUUUCUCCCCAAACUCUGUGCUGCUAUGGGAAGCAGCUAUGCACUAUACCACGAGAUGCUGCUUACUUUAGUUAUCAGAACAGUGAACUGACAAUUGCACCACAGCUGAUAAGCGUGUCUUCUUAUCCCACCUUUUCCACCAAUCAGUCCCUU